GUUAACAUACAAAAUUUAUAAAAUAGGUAAUAGUAUUAGGAAUAUGGCCUGGCGUUCUCACGGAAUAAAUAAUGCUGACAUGGUUCGACAUUUAAAAGCUAACAAUAUUAUUCGAAGUAGUGGUGUAGAAAGAGCUAUGUUAGGCACAGAUCGAGGAUUUUAUUCCCCGAAGACUCCUUACAUGGAUGCUCCACAAGGAAUUGGAUACGGUGUAACAAUAAGCGCUCCACACAUGCAUGCUCAUGCAUUAGAAAUCCUCAGUCCAUUCAUAAAAGCCGGAGAAAAUGUAUUAGACGUUGGUUCAGGAAGUGGUUAUUUAACAUCAUGUUUUGCAAGAAUGAAAAUGCAAGAUGAAACUGAACAAAGUGCAAAAGGAGUGGUUGUCGGUAUAGAUCAUGAACCAGGUUUAACUGAAAUGGCAAGACAAAAUAUAGAACAAGAUGACCCUAGUCUUUUAACAGAUCGGCAUAUUAUUUUAGUCACUGGAGAUGGACGACUUGGUUAUGAAGAGUGUGCGCCUUAUAAUGCAAUUCAUGUAGGAGCAGCUGCUGCCACAUUACCGCAAGCAUUAAUAGAUCAAUUGAAACCAGGUGGUAGAAUGGUGGUUCCUGUAGGACCAGCAGGUGGUGAACAAACUCUAGAUCAGAUUGACAAAAAGGCUGAUGGAACCAUACAGAGAAAAUCUUUAAUGGGUGUGAUAUAUGUCCCGUUAACUGAUAAGAAAUGACGCUAUGGUGCAAUUUUUAGAGUUAUUUGUGGAAUUACUGUGAUUGUGAUAAUUGUUUAUAAAAUUUUAAUUUCAUAUCUCAAUGGAAUUAAAAAGUAAACAAAAGCACGAAUUUUAAAUAAUAUUUGACUAACGAUGAUAAAUAACUAACAAGACUGGCUGAUCAUAAAUAAAUUAAAAUAAUAUUUAUUGUGAUUUUAAUGAGGGAUGUUUGAAUCAGUGUUUUUAUAUUUAUUUAUAUCUAAAAUUGAAAUUUAGGUAUUUUACUUUAUUUUCUGAAAAUUGUUUAUCUAU